CACCGGACGCGCUGUUGCCCCUCCGCGUGCCGUCCGCUACGUCACCCGCCGCCAUUUCGUGCGCAGGGAGGGAAGGAAAUGGCGGCGGGCGCGGUGCUCGAGCGGGAGGAGGCGCGGGCCUCGGGCCCAGCUGGCGAGGCCUGAGUCCAGGCCCAGCGCUGCUGUGACAAGGUGAAGAGCAGUCAGUCUGGAAAGCCACCGGUCGGACAGGUUUUCUGGAAAUCUGGGUGUCAACAACAACAUUGACCAUGGCAGAAGAGUGUGUGGGCAAACAGCAAAGUCAGAAAAAAGUGAGCCAGAUCUAUCAGAGUUCAGCACAUUCCCAGUCAUUGCUCGAUGGACUAGUCGCACUCCGGAACAGUGCAAGUCUAUUUGAUGUUAUACUGAUCGUAGAGGGAAAGUCCAUUGAAGCUCACCGCAUACUUCUAGCAGCAUCAUGCGACUACUUUAGAGGAAUGUUUGCUGGUGGACUGCGGGAGAUGCAGGAGAAGGAAAUAUUUUUGCAUGACAUAUCCUAUGCGGUCAUGUGCAAAAUUUUGGACUUUAUUUACACUUCCAAAAUGGAGUUGAAUCUGGACAACGUGCAGGAUGUGCUGGUGGCUGCUUGUCAGCUACAGAUUCCAGAGGUGAUUGAUUUCUGCUGUGACUUCCUCGUUUCCUGGAUUGAUGACGAGAACAUUCUUGAGCUGUACAGGUUGGCUGAGCACUACAAUCUAACACAGUUGAAUGACAGAAUCGACUUCUACAUCCUGGAAAACUUUCUGAGUUUCAGCAAAACGGAGACCUACCGUCGAUUGCCCCUGGCCAAAGUGCAGAGCCUGCUGAGCAGUGACAAACUGCAUGCAAACUCUGAGAAAGAUGUCUAUGAAGCUGCCUUGCUAUACCACUACACGCAGGAGGAGAUCGAGAGAGACCGGGUUUCCUUGCAUGACCCACCAAAGCUGCUGGAGAUGGUCCGUUUUGCGCUGAUUGAGCAGCAGACAUUUCAGAAACUGUACAAUCGACUGAGCCCUUGUCCUCUCAAGGAGGUUCUAGCAGAUGCCCUGGCCUAUCACCAGAAUGAGAUCCUCCAACCCGUCCUUCAGACACCACAGACACAGUUGAGAUCAGAAUUCAAAUGCGUGGUGGGAUUUGGAGGGAUGUAUUCUCCCCAGGAUGAAGACUUGAGUGAUGAAGUCAAGUUUCUGAGCCCAUUAAGCCAGGAAUGGCGAACGUUAACCCAGGCACAGAUGCCAAAGAUGUCAAACCAGGGCAUUGCUGUUUUAAAUAAUUUUGCUUAUCUUGUGGGAGGGGACAACAACACUGCAGGAUAUAGAGCAGAGGUGAACUGCUGGAGGUACGAUCCCCGGCACAACAGGUGGAUGAGAAUCCAGUCGAUGCAACAGCCACACGCUGACCAUUGUGUGUGUGUAGUGGGCGAGUAUCUCUAUGCAAUAGGAGGUCGAGACUACCACCAGGAAUUAAAUGCAGUGGAGCGCUAUGAUCCCCGGUUAAAUUCUUGGGAAUAUAUGGAACCACUGAAAAAAGAGGUAUAUGCCCAUGCUGGAGCAGUGCAUGCAGGGAAUAUAUAUGUCGCCUGUGGGAGAAGUGGCAGAAGUUACUUGAAGGAGCUGCAUUGUUUCCACCCAGAGACAAACCACUGGGAACAAAAGGCUGAUGCCUCAGUAGAACGAGCCUGGCAUGGAAUGGCUGCAGUCCAAGGCCACCUUUACCUCCUGGGUGGCAGCAAUAAUGCUAAUGGUUACAGACAGGAUGUGAUGCAGGUUUCCUGUUAUAACAUUGAGCGGGACCAGUGGUCGACGGUGACUGAAAUGCCCUUUGGGCACGGAGAGCCAGGUAUCGCCACCUUGGACAACAAAAUAUACAUCUUGGGUGGGAGGUCACAUGACCGCUACACCCGCACAGACUACGUCCACAUAUACAAUGUGACGGAAGGUUGCUGGGAGGAAGCCCCAGACAUUGAAGGUGCCAACUCUGGCAUGUCCUGCUGCGUCCUUACUAUCCCAAGAAGGCUAGUAGAGGACUGUACAAAUCCUCUGCCACGAAAGCCAGCUCAGCGAGCCUGCCGCCGUCGUGCCUACAUGCUUCCUGAAAUGGUGGGGCUUUCCGAUUUUGAGGAGCUCAGUUCCAGCGAAGACUGAACCCGUUAGGAAGGUCCAUUGUCCCUAUGGAGAUUCACUGUCUCCAUCUGCUUUCCCCUCUCGUUCUUAACUCUGCUCCUGAAGGGUCUGGGUUGUCAUCACUUGCUGAGUAGACCUGCCUGCUGAAGGAGGUUGAUAUGCAAGGGAACAUGUGUCAUUCUCCCCGCCUCACCCCCACCUGUGGAUGUGGCCAUUUCUCAGGGCAAGUCUAUUCAGCAAGUGUUGACAGAAUGCAGGAACACAGGGACACCACUCCCUCUGAAUCUGCUUCAGUCAGCAUGCUGAUUUACACAUACUGUAGCACAAAACCCAAAUCUUUGCUCCACGUCCCAAGUCCUCUCCUUUUCUCAGCUUUGUUUUUCUCCCCAGUACAAAAGCCCAACUAACUCUCUCCAUGUUGACCUUGGCACAGCACUUGCACUUUUACCUGAGUGAUCAGCUGGUGGGUCCAAGUCCCACUCCAGAGUUGAACACAGUACAAAAAGAAUGUACACUGAGGUGCCACUUGUCCAGUUAGAUCAAGACUUGGCAUGUAUGACAUUCAACCAACAGAUGGAUGGGAAUGAGCUAUGGCUGCUUUCAAGUACAGGAGGAUUCCUCCCUGUACAAUAGCCCACCCUUUGGUGUGCUGAACCUAUACUGUGUGCAGCAAUAAUUUCCAUUCUGACACCAGGCAAGCAUCAGCCACUUUGAGGUGAAGUUGUGCAUGGAAGUGUCUGAGCCAGUUUCUGAGAUCAUUGAUCACUGGCAGUUUGUGGUGUUUGUGCACAAAAAUCGUGCUACAAGUCCAAUCUCUCGGCAGUGAUUUGGUUAUCACAGCUGGGAGCUUGCUUCAGUUUCUGCUCAGCACCCUUUAACUACAGCGUCUCUCGCUGGCUGUACAGUGGUUUGGAGAUUUUGUUACUUAUAUACAUGCAGGUUUUUUUUAAUUUAAUCGAUUUAUUUUUUAUACGACUCCUCAGAGAAAGGUUGCACUUUACACAAUGUGCCAUCAUCCAGUUUGUUUUCCAAUGAAUUUGCAAUGAUGAGCCUGGUGAUGUGUACUUGGCUGUGUUUCAUAAUCCACUUCCCCUAAAAAUGAAAGAGCAUUCUAAUUAACCUUGAUGCUGAUUUUCGAAGUUUCUAACUUAGUUACUGUCACUUGCAUCCUCCCCCCAUCUCUUCCGGUGGCUCAGCAUCUGUUUGCCUUGAAUCUGUGAAGUGCCUUGGGAUGUGCUUUCAUGGUCAAGGUGCCAUAUAAAUGCAUGUAAAUGCCAACAUGUGUUACAUUAUACUCUUAAUUUAUUGACCUGUAAAUUGCUUGUGAUCAAUGAGUGCACUAUUUAUGCUAAAUUCAUUUUCAAAAUUUGUACUAUCCUUAAACCCCAUGGUACAUUUGGUAUAAAUCUUCAGCAUCUCUUUGCAAACGCAUCAGUUUUCCUGCAUCUUUCAAGAGUGGUAUAAAUUUAAUGCCCACCUCACUUAACUGCUGCAAACCAACGCUGUGAAGUAACGAGCAAGUUAAUAGCCAGUCAUGACGUUUGACUGACUUAUGCUAAGUGAUUAGUUGCAUUAACUUUCAAGACAUUUACUAAAUUUCCUGAUGCAGUCUCAACUGGAAUCACAGACAGUUCCUUCCUCUCAUGGAUGCUGCUGGUCUGACCUGCUGAGUUCCUCCAGCAGAUUGCUCGGUUCUCCAGAUUUCAUCUGCAGUCCCCAGUGUCCGCUAAAAUUCCAACUGGCUGGCUGAUUGAGGGAAAGAACAAUGUCAAUGAGGAAAGCUUGUCGGAUCCUGGGAGGAGUGACCCAGGCCUGUGUAUGUUUCUGAAAUGUUGCACGUUAUUCACUUGGAAAGAGCUUGUUAAAAUGUAUCAAGCCAUGAGAUCUUGAAGAUAACUGAAGGAAAUUCAUUAUGGAAUCAUGAAGCUAUUGCCGAAAUGAGGCCAUUCAGUGAACUUUACUCUCCCUUCAACAGAGUGCAAAAGUUUCAUGUAAUGAAAAACUGCACUCGUAUUAAUUUAAGUGUAACGUUUUUGCUGCAUGAAAUACACCAAUAAACAAAACUUUGUAUG